ACCGGCAACAUUGCUGCCACGGUUUUAGUGAAUAACGAAUGUGCACGACAGUGCUAUCGGCCGCGUCACCUAAAUUUGGACAAAAAUACAGCACUCGCCUCGACAGCAUUUUUGUGAAACAGAGUCGUGGCAGUUUUUGUGUUUCUUAAUCAAAUUUCGAACUGAAACAAUGGAAAUUAUCACAGAGAUCGAAAAUCAAUUAAUGCUGAUAGUACCUAUUGGAUUGGCCAUACUGAGCUGCAUUUUAGUGUAUAUUUAUUCCAUAGGACCCACUCAGCAACCAAAAUUUAAGCAUAGUGCUGGAGAUGAUCGAAAAACACCACAAAAAAAGAAAAAACUCAAAGAAAAGAAACCAACAGCCAAUGGAAAUGUUUUCACUGGCAUAACAAAACCUGAAAAGUCUCCUGUGAAAGAGACCAAAAAGGUACCAGAGCCCGUGAAGAAAGAAAAGAAGUUAGAUGGUGCUUUUAAAGACACAAAGAAACCAGAAGGAAUUAAGAAGGCAUCUGAGGCGCAAGAGAUUAAGAAAAAGACCAAUAAAAAAGUUCUUGCAGAAAAGCCAGCGGACUUUGAUGAUGGCAAAUGGGAAACGGUACCCUCUAAAGCUGACAAGAAAAAGAAAGUGGAACAACCUCAAUCGAAGAAAGAGAAAAAAGUUAAACAUCAACUCGAGAGUCAAGUUAAAGCUGAGGAAUCGACCAAGGAAGAAGUUCUACCUGUUGUAAUUGAAAAGAUCGAACCUGAUGUUCAAGUCGAGCCUGAGCCGCCUUCCUCCGUACCGAAACUACUUGUCGAGGAGGUCCAAGCACAUGUUGAAGAAGUUGCCCCUAUUGUUGAACAAAAGAAGGACAAAAAGACGAAGAAAGCUAGAGUAGAUAAAGUUGAAAAAGGUGCUGAUGCAGUUGUAACUAUACCUUCAGACAACGAAGCUGAAAUAAUUCAACCUAAAAGGACUGAAGUCUCUUCUAAACUGGACGUUAAGGCUGGACCUUCGGGUCCCGUCUCUGAUGAAUUGGGCGACACAUGGACUGAAGCAAAACCUGUGAAGAAAAGCAAGAAAAAAGCGCGUAGAGACAACUAAAACGCAAUUAUACAGUUGCUGGGCGGCAGUAUACUGCUAUACACCUGCCCUAUCUAAUGAAAGAGGGCAAAAUAUUGUGAUUACAAACCUAACCUCUAAGUGACCCGUUUGAGACCAUGAAGUAAAAUCUUUCAGGUGGAGCCAAGGCUGAUAGAUAGCUAAGAUAUUUUUCUGUCAAUGUCUUGUUGAGAAAGUCGAAUUCAUAGUUAUUGGUAAUCAGUACAUCAGUACAUUAAUAUUAUUGGAAAAUAUAUUAUUUAAUAUUUUUUUUAACAAAUUAUCAAAUAUGUAACAAAAAUUUUCCUUCCAUUAGUUACGGAUUUUUAUUUAGGCAUAACGCUCACCCCAUUUUUAUGACCUCAAGCGACAAAAUAUUUUCUUUUUUCUUUCUUUUGCAUGAUUGGAAUUAUAUUCGUUUUAAAGGUUGGCGAUAAAAGUAAGGAAAUCGGUCUGAAUGUCGAUUUAUUUUUGUAUUCAUGAGUGUAAUAUACCGUGUAUUUUAACUUUGUAAAUACUGAUGUAAGUUUACAUUCCAAUAAAACGGUUCUAAUGAAUUGAACGUUAGUCACGUCAAAUAAAUUAGAAAUUUCGAAAAAUUGAUAUACUUUUGCCAUUUUAAUGAAUGUAUAACUUGUAUGGACAAUUUUCAAUAUACAUAUAGAAUAGUACUCUUAGAGGCGCAACUGUUCUAUACAAGAUAUGCAACAAUUGAAACCUAUUCUUCUCGUUCAUUUAACUUCAGAAAAAUUGAUACGGUUAUUGGAAAUGUUCUUUCUUAUUAUAUAUUGACAAAUUACAUGCUAUAGUAUUCAGGUAUAGUCUUCCAAGCCUUGCAUUUCGUGCUCUCUUUUAAUCAAACGUCGAAAAUCAGUGCUUGAAAAAAUGCUUUUUUUAUAUAUAUAAGUAGGAAAACACAUUAAAUCGCAAUAUCUGAAUUAGUCGAAUGUGCUUAUCGACAUACUACAGAAUUAUGUUAUUAUUUACUCAAUAUCCAGGUGAUUAGUGUUAUACGAAAUGGUUUGAAGAACUCAAACGUUAUAGUAGGGCUUAAAUCAAUUUUGUUUUUGUUGUGUAUUUUGUUUUGUUUGCAUUUUAAGUUUUCUUAUAGUUUAUUCAUUUUAGUACGUUGCAGUAGAGUAUAAACAUUAGAUUGUUUAAGUUGUGAAAAUGCCAGUUUACCAGCUAAAAGGCAGCAUGUUUCGUUGAUUAGAAUGAAUAAAAAUGUUCGUUUUUAUGAAAUACUAAAUAAUUAGCGAUUUUAAUGUUUCUUAGGCUAUGCUGUAUAAAAUGUGUUUGUUUCAAAUUUAAGAAUGUCACCACCAUUAGUCAUCAACUUAAUAGUGGUAUUCAAUUUACCUGGUAUCUAUAAAAAAAACUGUGUACUUCAUCAUGUACAUAAUAGUUUUUGCAUAUGGCAUUCCCUGGUACAAGGACUCUUUAUGUUUAGGCGAUAACUACUACGUGUACAUAAAUCAUCAGAAACUCGGUUCUAUUAUUCACAUUUGGAAUACUUCGUAAUACACUAAGUGCAUAUGUAUUUUUGGACAAAGGAUUGUUAUCUUUUGGGGACCAUUUUGAAAUAAAAUAGGAAAAAUGGAA